GUGGUUCAUGGCCGACGUAAUCUGCGCCAAUUUGUGCCAAUUGUUUAGCCUUUUACUUCGGCCAUUCCUUUCAAAUUCACCACCAACAUUUAUCUCUCUCUCUCUCUCUCUCUCUCUCAUCCAAUUUCCAACUUUUGUCACUUCUUCGAACAGAAAAGGGAAGGUGCUUGCAAAACAGAGUCCCCAACCCCUCCCAGCGUCACCCCUUCAUUCUCUUUGUGAUUGGUUGCCCCACUCGGUCUGUUGACUUUGUUACAAUUAAAUUGGUGAAAGAUUAGGAAGCAUGGGUGAUGUAAUUGAUUUGACUGGAGAUGGAGGUGUCAUGAAGACAAUCAUUAGGCGAGCCAAACCUGAUGCAAUUGCUCCAUCACAGAAUCUUCCUCUUCUUGAUGUUCAUUAUGAAGGUAUUCUUGCUGAAACUGGUGAAAUUUUCGAUACUACACGUGAAGAUAACACUGUGUUCACCUUUGAACUUGGAAAGGGCUCUGUCAUCACAGCUUGGGACAUUGCAUUGAGAACCAUGAAGGUAGGAGAGGUUGCAAAAAUCACUUGCAAGCCAGAGUAUGCCUAUGGCAGUGCGGGUUCUCCACCAGAUAUCCCUCCAGAUGCAACCCUUGUUUUUGAGGUGGAGUUGGUGGGCUGCAGGCCACGGAAGGGUUCUAGUGCAAGUAGUGUUUCAGAAGAGAGAGCUAGGCUCGAGGAGCUGAAGAAGCAGAGGGAAAUGGCAGCUGCAUUGAAAGAGGAGGAGAAGAAGAAGAGAGAAGAAGCUAAGGCGGCGGCAGCUGCUCGAAUUCAAGCCAAGCUUGAAGCCAAGAAAGGUCAAGGAAAGGGAAAGGGCAAAUCAAAAUAGGAUCAUGUCACGUGCUUUGUGUAUAGACAUGAUUUAAUUGUAUGGAGACAUCAAGCUUAGUCGACUUCACAAUGUUUGAAAGGGUACGUGGCAGGGAGUUUCUGGAACAGCAUUGCAAUCCUGACCAAGAAGAAAAUAUAAACCAUUGGGUAGCUAUAUCCCUAAAGAAUGCUAAGCAUGUGGGUGGUGAUGAAAAGAUGAUGUGAGUGAUCGUGGAUGGUAACGGGUUUUGACGGACAGAGGUGGGUGGUUUGCAUGAAUAAAUGGAAAUUGGAGAUUGGUGGUUGUGGCUGAAGGAGGUGGGUGAUGGUGUGGUUGUGACUAUCUAGUAUCUAUAUGGGAGAGGGGAGAUGCUUGUGUGCAUGAGAGUUUUCUGUGUCUGUGUGUGUGUGUGUGAGAGAGAGAG